AUAGAUAUACAUAUAUCUACUCUUCACAAUACUCUCUCUCAAACUAUGCGCUAACAAACACUAAUAUAUACAAAAAGAGUGACGGGAACUGCGCACAGAAAUAGUAGCAGCAGCAGAAGCUACUACAAUUGCGAACUCUGCCUCAUCCCCAAAUACUAUACUAGGGUUUUAUUUUCUUGGAAUUUGAGAGAGAUUCGUUCAAAAGAAAUUAGCUCAGUCACACACUCACACAACCAAAUACUCAGCUGGUCUUGCGAGUCAGGUGGGGCUUCGAAACACAGUGCAUUUUGUAACAGUUAAGGGGAGGUUGAACAUGCAGACACCCAAAACAAGAACUGGCUCUUUGGAAGUGCCUAAAAGGACAUCUCCUACUACACCUCGAACUGCUCGCCAGCUCAAGAUGGCAGGAUCAGACUCUGACUCGGUGCCCUCUCCACAUCUAGCAAGCAGGACACCAAAGGACAGAAGUCCCAAAAUCAAUGAGCGCAGGUCACCACGAAGUCUGGUGUUGGAGAAGAAGCGCCCAGGCAGAGUGUCUGAAUUGGAAUCUCAGCUUUCUCAACUCCAAGAGGAACUGAAGAAGGUAAAAGACCACCUGAGCUCAUCUGAAUCAUUGAAGAAACAGGUUCAGCAGGAGGCUGAAGAGGCCAAGAAGAAACUCUUAGAUAUGUCAGCGAAGCUCGAGGAGUCUCAGGAGCAGCUGCUGGAGCUUUCUGAUUCUGAGGAAGCUCGGGUCCAAGAGCUCCGUAAAAUCUCCCAGGAUCGAGAUCGAGCAUGGCAGUCUGAACUUGAGGCUGUCCAGAAGCAUUACUCCAUGGACUCCGCUGCCUUAGCUUCUGCUAUGAAUGAGGUCCAGAAGCUCAAGAUUCAGUUGGAAAGGGUGGCUGAAUCCGAGGCUGCCCAGGCUAGGCGUGCUGAAUCAGCAAAUGAUGAGAUCCAGAGCUUGAGACUUGAACUUACAGAAACUCUCUCAUUAGUUGAUAAUUUGAAAAUCCAGCUCAGUGAUUCCAAAGAAUCUGAAACUCGGGCCCUAGAAAUUGUCAGUGAAACUCAAAUGCAAUUAGAAAUGGCGAAGACAACUGAGGAGACAAUGCAAUCAGAAGGCCUCAAGGCCAUGGAGGCUUACAGAUCCUUGGCUCUGGAGUUGGAGCAAUCAAAAGCUCAAGUAAAUCUAUUGGAGGGAUUUGUUAGCAAAUUCCAGGCUGAUCUAGCUAAUAAUAGAAAAAAGACUUCAGACGAUCCUUCAGAUAUUAUUGAAACUGCAACGGAAAAUGUAGAAAAUGGGGAAUCUGACCAGCUCAACACACAGCUUAAUCAUAUGAAAAUUGAGGUAGGUCAGUUAAGAUCCGCAUUGGAUGCAGCUGAGAGGAAGUACCAAGAAGAAUAUAUUCAAAGCACCUUGCAGGUUAGAACAGCUUAUGAACUGUUGGAGUGCACAAAAUCAGAAUCACACCUGAGAGAGGCUGAAUUGGAGGAAAAGUUGAAGAAAGCAAAAACCGAUAUUGAAGAGUUAAAGGCAAACCUCGUGGCUAAGGAAACAAAACUACAGAGUAUUUUAGAGGAGGACCUGAAUCUAAACAUAAAGAAAAGUAUGUCUAGCAAAAUAGAAUCUGAAUUGGAGAUAGAACUGAAGAAAUCUGAGGUAGAUUUGGCAGAUAUGAAGGCAUGUUUGUUGGAUAAAGAGACAGAACUCCAAUGUAUAAUUGAGGAAAAUGAGACGCUGAAGUUGGAAAUAAAGAAGAGAGAAAUGGAGAGGAAUAAAGUGAAUGAUGAGGCCCUUGCUGUAGCGGAAGCAGCAAGAGCUGCAGAACGAGAAGCUCUGAUGAAGCUCGGGUAUUUGACAGAGGAGGCGGAUAGAAGUAGCAGAAAAGUUGCACGGGUUACUGAGCAGCUGGAUGCAGCACAGGCUGCAAAUUCAGAAAUAGAGGCUGAGUUGAGGAGAUUAAAGGUGCAGUCGGACCAGUGGAGGAAGGCAGCCGAGACAGCUACUGCUAUGCUUUCUACAGGAAAUAAUGGGAAAUUCGUGGAGAGAACAGGGUCUCUCGACAACAAUUACCAUACUAUCAGCGGAAAGUUGGGUUCGCCUUUUUCAGAAGACAUGGAAGAUGACUCACCAAAGAAGAAAAAUGGUAACAUGUUGAAGAAGAUUGGGGUGUUACUCAAGAAGGGUCAGAAAUAGAUGAACCAUUUAUCGGUUUUCUUAACAGGUAUUUUGAUGGGAUAGACUUCAGUAAUGUAAGUGAUUUGUUGAAAAUACUCUUUAAGACUUCUGUAUAGUUGAUAGUUUGUGGGAACUGAUGAACUCUUAGGUGUUCUGUUCUUUUUUGUUUUAUUUUUGAUAGGUGUCCUAUUUUAUUUCACCUGCUGUAUGUGGUGGGUUUGGCAGAGACCUUAAAUAUUGUAAUUUCCUUUCUGUUCGUCAUUUGGGAGAAUAUGUAUGCAGUUUAAACAUUGUAUGGGAGAAAGAAACUGUUAUAUUUUAAAAUCUUAGGAAAA